GACUUCCGGUCCUCCGCAUCCGCCUUCCGCUCUCUUGGGUGUGCUGCUAUUGAUCUUCCGGCAGGAGAGCUAUCUGGUUCCCAGCUUCCCACGUUACCUGCUUCGGUUUCUUCCAAUCAUUUUUAAGGGGCUGGAUGUUCUUCCCAAAAUGAGUUUGGUGAUUAAAAAUCUGCAGCGGGUGGUCCCCAUCAGAAGAGUGCCACUUCGCGGCAGGAUGAAUGUCGUCAGGAGUAUUUUAGGAGUGAAGGAUUUUGACGUGGGGAUCAUCUGUGUUGACAACAAGCGUAUUCAGCACAUUAAUAGGAUCUACAGGAAGAAAAACGUUCCAACUGAUGUGUUGUCUUUCCCAUUCCAUGAGAAUCUGAAAGCAGGGGAAUUUCCUCAGCCACAGUCGCCAGAUGAUUAUAAUUUGGGAGAUGUUUUCCUAGGUGUGGAGUAUAUCUUCCAGCAGUGCAGAGAAAAUGAAGAUUUCUAUGACAUCCUAACGGUGACAGCCGCCCAUGGACUCUGUCACCUUCUGGGCUUCACCCAUAACUCUGAGGUCGAGUGGCAAAAGAUGUACAACCAGGAGAAACUGGUGCUGGAGGAACUGAAUCGCUGCACCGGAGCCAGCCUCCAGCCCCUGAGCAGGGGCCUCUACUAAUGUUCGAUACUGUGAGCUAGAGACAUUGAUGGACGGAGUCCUGCCCCUCCAGAAUGGAUCUCUGCUGGUCAUGCUGCCCUGGGUGACAUCGGCCCACACGGAAGCUCAAUUCCAUGAGUGGAAAUUGGCUUCAGGAAGUACCAAAGAGGUGUUGGGUUGGCUCUUGCUCUGUUUAGAAAGCUAUCUUAAUUAUUAGAAACAGCAGUUCUAGGCCAUUCCUAAGAGAAGAAACAUGUAAGUUCUGAAUGCUUCUUUGGGUUUCUAACUAUAGAGUUUGGGUGGACUGCCCUGUCUUCCCAAAGUGGAUCCCAUCUCAGAACAUUGAGAUGUUCUUCCUAGGAGGAUGGGCCCCUGCACAGAAGCAGGCUUGAAAGGGCAAGGCUCCUACCCCAGCCCUCAGGGACUCUGUGACCUGUACCUUGCUUGCUCCACUCCUAAGAGCUACCACGUGCCCUCACUUUUCUUAAGCCAUGGGCUAUAGACACCCUAAGAAAGCCUACUGGUCCACAAAUCCUGUUGCCCGGGAGCCAGAGAUUCAGUCAGGCCCAUCUCCAAUUCCCUUAUGUUUGUUGUUAUUGCUUUAAAUUUUUUAAAUUGAAUUGUGUUUAUUUGA